UCCCAGAAUGCAUUGCGGCGCGGCGUGUAGGCACGUGGCCUGGCUUCCUGGAGUGAGGCUGCGCUGUGUUAAAGGACAUUAGUGUGUUGAUCAGUAACCACAGGGAGUUGGAGAGUUUUAUUGAGCUCAGCUCACUGCUACAUCAUUAAAGGAAGAGGAAGCUGAGAGAGCAGCGUUGCGUCAGUUGUGUAGCUGGGAUCAGUGUCAUGCUCCUUCUGCGUUGUUAUGGAUCAUGUAAACGGUGAUGUUGAAUCCUCCUCUACGCUGGUGUACCGACUCGAGAGACCCGUGUUCAAUGAAGAACAAAUCAACACCCAGCUGCAUAAGAAAGAGCGGCCGCUUAAGCCCGUUAGACAGAGACUAGCUGAACGCUGCCGCUGUUCAUCUGAAAAAGCCAAAUCCACCAUCUUUGGCCUUCUCCCCAUCUUAUCAUGGCUGCCAUCGUAUCCAGUGAAGGAGUAUCUGUUUGGAGACAUAGUUUCAGGUCUCAGCACAGGAGUCAUGCAGCUGCCUCAAGGUCUUGCCUAUGCGAUGUUAGCUGCUGUUCCUCCAGUCUAUGGCCUUUAUUCAUCAUUCUAUCCUGUUCUUCUCUACACGUUCUUCGGCACUUCCAGACACAUAUCGAUAGGCACGUUUGCGGUGAUUAGUCUGAUGAUUGGAAGCGUGGUGGUGGGAGAGGCGCCGGACUCCAUGUUUCCUCUGAACGGGACAAACGGGACGGAGCUGAUCGACGUGGCGGCUCGAGACGCCAGAAGAGUGCAAGUGGCCGUGGCUCUGACUGCGCUCAUGGGAAUUAUUCAGCUGGUGCUCGGCGUGCUGAGGUUCGGCUUCGUGGCGAUUUAUCUGACCGAGCCGUUGGUGCGAGGCUUCACCACCGCCGCUGCAGUGCACGUGUUGGUCUCUCAGCUGAAAUACCUUUUCGGGGUUAAAACCCAGCGCUUCAGCGGGCCGUUAUCUGUCCUCUACAGUCUCAUCGCUUUGUUUAAACACAUCACCAGCACUAACGUCAGCACACUCAUUGUGGGAUUGGUGUGUAUCGUCUUCCUCUACGGCGUGAAGGACAUUAACGAGCGCUUCAAAAAGAAGCUGCCCAUCCCCAUUCCCGGAGAGAUCAUCGUGGUGAUUGUCUCGACGGGGAUUUCCUACGGCAUGGCUCUUUCUGAGAACUACCAGGUGGAUGUUGUAGGAGAAAUCCCUACAGGACUUCAAGCGCCGACUCUUCCAGAUUUCAGUCUCUUCCCCAGCCUGAUCGCAGAUGCUGUAGCUCUGGCUGUGGUGGGCUUCUCCAUCGGGAUCUCUUUGGCGAAGAUAUUCGCUCUCAAAUAUGGCUACAGUGUGGACGGAAACCAGGAGCUGAUUGCGCUCGGGUUGUGUAACUCGGUCAGUUCCUUUUUCCACACCUUCGCCGUCACCUGCUCGAUGUCUCGCAGUUUGGUGCAGGAGAGCACGGGUGGAAAGACUCAGAUUGCAGGGCUGUUGGCCUCCUUACUGGUCCUUCUGGUGAUUUUGGCAGUGGGGUUUCUGUUCCAGCCUUUACCGCAGACCGUGUUAGCUGCGAUCAUCAUGGUCAAUCUGCUGGGCAUGUUCAAACAGCUCCGAGACAUCCCUGCUUUAUGGAGAACCAGCAAGAUUGAACUGGCGAUUUGGGUGGUGGCCUUCGUGGCGUCCGUUCUGCUGGGGUUGGAUUACGGACUCCUGGUGGCCAUUACAUUUGCUAUACUCACAGUUGUCUAUAGAACACAAAGUCCUAAAAGUGUUAUUCUCGGGCAAAUCUCUGACACUGGACUUUACUACGACACUGAGGAAUAUGAAGAGGUUACAGAAUGUUCAGGGAUUAAGAUUUUCCACUCCAACACUUCAAUCUACUUUGCGAACAGUGACCAGUACGUGAGCUCUCUCAAGGAAAAAACAGGCGUCGAUCCUGCACAGCUGCUGGCUGAGAGAAAAUCCCAGCGGAAGCAGCUGAAAAAGAGCGAAGACAAGAAGAAGAACUGCCAUCACAGCCCCGAGGAGAAGAAGCGAGCAGUAGUUAAACUGGAUAUGGAGUUAAGCGUGAGUCAUGAAGUGGUGGACGAAGCCCAGACCCAAGUGGAAUCGCACGUUAACGGACAAAUCGCCGAGGCCGAGUCUGACUCUGAGGAGGAUCGCUUCCUCCAGCCGCUGUGUCCCGUCCACACUAUCAUCCUGGACCUAAGCUCUGUCAACUUCAUGGACUCUGUAGGAGCCAAAGCUAUUAAAUCUGUUAUUAAGGAGUUCGCAGCCAUAAAUGUGAAAAUCAUGCUUGCUGGAUGUAACCGAACUCUACUCUCUGAUCUCAGGACUCUGCAGUUCUUCAGCGGUCCUGUGACCCUGGACAUCAUCUUUCCCACCAUUCAUGAUGCUGUACUGCACUGCCAACACACGAGGGCGCUGUCCUCCUGCCCUGCAGCUAGUGAGCGCCCAGGAAACAGGAAGUGCUGUCCUGAAGGGCUGGAAUGAUGAGUGUUUGAAGUGUGGAAUGAGUGAGUUUGGAGUAUAAAAGCAUUUAGAAGCAAGAAAGGAACUAGAUGUCAAGCACUUCUACGUGUAACACCUCCUGCCUUUAAACUCAUCACGUGACUGCGUGAAGAUAAUGUGAGUAAAACACGCUCUUUAUGACCACAGCACUGAAGUUACGCACACAGACGUGGACUCGGAUUCAUACCUCUUUAGCAGUCUGUUGUAUGUUGGUUUUUUUUUUCUACUGAACACACUCUUUGUUCUUCCCAAAAUGUCGCAUUGUAAAGUUUUAAGGUGUUUUCACACUUCCUCACUCAACCACAUGCCUGGAUGUUGAUGGGGGUUUUUUUGUCGUUGUUUUGUUUUGUUUUUUUUUUUUGCUAUUUUCUGAGAUUUUAAAUUAAUGAAUUAAAAAAAUAUUUAAGGUGUAACUGGAAAAAAAAAUUAAAUAGUUACAAUAUUAAUAUUUAUUUAGGUGUUUUUUUUUUGUUAGUUUUUUGGUGACAUUUUAUUUAAAUGAUUAAAAAUUAUUAAAUUAUUUAAAAUGUGACCAAAACAAACCAAACAAAAACAACAUGAAUUAAAAAUGAUAUUAGAAUUAAAUUAAUAUUAAAUGAAUGAAUUAAAAUUAUAAUAACAAUGAACCAAUGAAUGAAUGAAGGAAGGAAUGAAUGAUAGAUAUUUUAAUAAUUAAGCAAAUAAGUAAGCGAGCAAAUAAAUAAAUAAAUCAUUCAUUCAUUCAUUCAUUCAUCACACUUUUCAGACUUUUGACUGACGUCAAGCGCUUCUUUACCUCCUGACCAAUCAGGUCACAAGUUGGGGGACGAACGAGAAAAACAAACAUGGCGUACAAAGUGUCAGUGAGUGACUACGAGGAGAUUUCCAUCAUGCUGGAACAAUCUUUCUUUCAUCUACAUUACUGAGAAUAACAAUCUAAUCUAGAGCUAAGCUAGUUAGCUAGCUGACACUAGGAACACUGAAGAGCGUUGCUAUGGUUACAGCACGUGGUUCUUUACUUCCUGACAUGUAGUUGUUUGCGGUUGUGUUUAAAACCGUACAAAUAAUGACUUAACAUGCGUUAUUGAUGUUUUUAAUGUACGACAUUGUGAUAAAAACGUAAGCUCAGAUGCUGUUACAGUGUUAGUUUAUAGUCCAAAUGCUGGUAGAGAUCAAAUUUUGUAUUUAAGAUGCUUCUCUGUGUGUCACUUUUGUAUUUUUCACUGGAUUUGGUUUUGAUCUAUAAUCCAGGGAACAGGUCAAGAGACUGGAUCUUAUAAACCAAAUGCUGAUGUUACUGUUUUUGAUGGUUUUUUUUGUUUUUUUUUAAUUCACCUACCAAAAAAAAAAAAAAAAAAAAUUCAAGACUGAAAGAGUCCAUGAUUACCCAUAGACUCUCCUGAUAGUGUCUUGAAAUUGUAAGAAUUAAUAUUCAAAUAUGUUAAUAUAUUACUGUGAAUGUUUCAGGUGUGUGUGUGUGUGUGUGUGUGUGUGAGGCUCGUUAUGAAACAUGGUCAGCAUUUCCCCUGCAGAGAAAUUAAGCCUGAAGCUGUGUAGUUGUGUGUAGUUUAUAUAAUAAUG